GCACAUUCACAGUAACAGCAUCUAAAUAUAAAUCGAUAAAAGAUUGACCCUUGCUCGUCUGUUAAUCAGUGAAAUAAUUGAAAGAUACUCUAGUUAUUUUUUAACUCAGACCGUGUCCAACCGCACUAAACAAAAUGAAUAAUACUACAAAUUCUCCAUUAAAUCAAUACAGGGAAAAGGCAUCCUUUGAUUGGAGAGCAUUAAGAACUUUUCUUCAGUCCGACGACGACCCUCAACAAAAUAGAUUCUACGAUGAACUUCGGAAACAUCCAACACUACUUUCCAAAUCUUCAAUAACGCCAUCUCAAGAGGACCUAAAAAGGAUGGCUUCUAAACAUUUGUUGGACCUUAUCGAUAUAAGGAAGAAAUUGACGAGAGAAAUGUCUGCAAGCGGUGCCAAGGUGAACGUUACUGGACCGUCAUCGAGUAUGAGACACGGUCAGUCAUUCGAUCUCUUUGCUAGCUCUGUAGCUAAAUUGGGUACGGAGCGGCACCAAGAAUUUUGCCGGAAAGGCGAUGCGGGGGAGAUCAUAGGAACAUUUGCUUUAACUGAGGUUGGACACGGAACGAAUACGAAAUCUAUGCAAACUACAGCCACGUACGAUCGAGAUACGAAGGAGUUUAUUAUUCACACUCCCAAUUUUUAUUCCGCGAAGUGUUGGAUGGGAAACCUGGGUAAAAAAGCAACCCAUAUUAUACUGUACGCUCAGUUAAUAAUGCCCGAUAACAAAAAUCACGGUCUACACGCAUUUGUAGUCAACGUCCGAAAUCCACUCACACUGUUGCCUUAUCCGGGAAUAUCCAUAACUGAUAUAGGUGAAAAAAUUGGUUUGAAACAGCUGGAUAACGGAUUGAUAAUGUUUAACAAAUAUCGCAUACCAAAAGAAAACCUUCUCAAUAGGUUGGCUGACGUUAAUGAUGACGGAGUGUAUAUCUCCACUGUGGUGAACCCGAAAUUGCAGUUCGCUAACUCUUUGAGCAUGUUAUCAACCGCGCGUGUAAAUAUCGCUGGUUUCUGCACAGAGUACAUGAGAUAUGGAAUUACAAUAGCGAUACGGAAUGCAUCCGUUGUAAAGCAACGACUACCAGAAAAUGGAAGAGAUUUGCCAAUAUUAGAAAACCCAGCACAUCAAAUUCGGCUUACUCCUUGUUUGGCACUCGCUUACGUAGGUCACGUAGUGUUCGGCUAUCUGGCUGCUAUACAAAGUCAGUUCACCUCGAUUACCGACGAGGAUGUUCUCAUCAACUUAGGAAACGAAUACCAUGCCCUGUCUUCAGCGGCUAAGCCGGUAUCCUCUUGGUUGAUAAGAGACUUUAUGAAAGAUUGCAAGGAGAUCUGCGGCAGUCACGUGUACCUUACAAUUUCAGAAAUGGAAGAAAUCUACGGUGAAGUAGAACCCUCAAGCAAUUACGAAGGUGACAACUACGUCCUUACGCAACAAUGUGCUAACUUCCUGUUGAAACUGUGGCCAAUUGUUAUGCGGGGCGGAAGGAUAGACUUUCCAUUAUCAUCGGUCAACUUCUUAUCGAAUGCCAAGGAAAUUUUAAAGUGUAAAUUCACUGCUAAUAAUACUGCAGAUUUCGUCCAACCUGAAAAUAUCUUAACCUGUUUUCAAUGGCUCACGUGUUACCUGUUAAAGGAGACGUUCGAAAAGCAGCAACUGUUAGGAAAAAGUGAAACGAAUCCGUUUUGGAUUAAAAACAACAGCCAGGUUUACUAUUGUAGGGCAUUGGCAACAGCGUAUAUUUUGACAUUUUACAUCGAUCGGUUCAGACAAAUAAUUUCGAACACAGCGGAUAUUGCAACAAAGACCGUCCUGAUUAAACUACUGUCUUUAUAUGGAGUUUGGAAUUUGCAUAAUUACGUUCACUACUUUUACCAAGGCGGGUUUGCCAUUGGUGCUGAGUUUGGGCAUAUGAUAGAAAAUGUGAUUUUAAAGUUGUGCAUGGACCUCAAGGAUGACAUCGUUGCAUUGGUUGACGCAAUCGCUCCCCCGGACUUUCUGUUGAAUUCGGUCUUUGGACAUUCUGAUGGACAUAUCUACGAGCGCCUAGAAUCCACUAUUACGCACACGCCUGAAACGUUCUCCAAAGCAAAAUGGCGAGGUGAUGUGAGCGAAUGGAAGUACCAGCUGUCGAAAUUGUAAAAAAAACAAACUAGGUUAAAAAUAAAGAAAUCGAUUUUUACCUGUA